AUCGUGUCCACGUUUUGAUCUAAUCUGUGACCCUGCGUUCGUGUCAUUUCCCUAGUCCCAUUCAGUGGAACUGUGGGCCGGACAGCCCCUCCCAGCCAGCUGUAGUUAGCUGGUCAAUAUAACACUCUCCAACAACAACACAGUUUAACCGUGUGCUGCAACUUGUCUGUUUCUGAAGCAGAUUCUCAUCACUGCACCGCUCCCCCCAACACAACCUCCAACCCUAGUUUCAAGAUCAUAUGCCGACGAAGUUUUGUUUACCAGUCAUUCCUUCCUUAAGAAAAUUGGCAUUUAGUAAUCUAGUGGUACUGAACUUCAGUUUUGCUGAACAACAUAUUAUGUUCUCAAACCCCCCCCCUCCCCGUCUUGCGCUCCUCAGUACAAUUCGCAAGAAUACCAAUUCACGGAUCACCCAACAUUUAUACCAAAUGAGAGUAGAAUGCUGAUUGGUUAACAUUGUACUCUGACUAGCAGAAGCAACGUCAUAGAGAAUCACCAGUUCUUGAUGGGUGACAGUUAACUGCCAGGCUUUAUUUAAAUUCUAAACCAGGCAGGUUGAAGUUGCUUUGUGAAUGGCUGUCACCUAUUUUGUUAAAUUGAAACAGACACAGUGUUUGUAUAUGUUCUUUCUGUCUGUAAAUUCAGGGCCCCAUGCAUUAAUAUUAGCUUCUACUACAUGCCAGUGUGCCACGGUGUCUGUAAAUGUGUGUCUUUGUCGUGGUGACAGAUAAUCUACAGACCGUAGGAAACCACUUGGCCCAGAAUAUCUGUGCUAGCCCAUUGGCAGAUAACUUCUUUUAUGCUUUGCCCAGCGGUGUUCCAGAGGGAUCGGCAGUAGCUCCAUUUUUAUUUGUCAUUCAUAUAAAUGAUUCAGAGGAAAAUACCGAAAGGAUGGUUACUGAGUUUGAGGUUUACACCGACUUUGGUUGUACAGUGGACAGCGAAGAUGGUUGUCUAAGGUCACAAAGAGAUCUUGAUAAGUUGGGUCAAUGAGCUGAAGAGUGGCACCUGGAAUUUAAUAAGAUUAAAUGAGCUGAAGAGUGGCACCUGGAAUUUAAUAAGGAUAAAUGAGCUGAAGAGUGGCACCUGGAAUUUAAUAAGGAUAAAUGAGCUGAAGAGUGGCACCUGGAAUUUAAUAAGGAUAAAUGAGCUGAAGAGUGGCACCUGGAAUUUAACAAGGAUAAAUGAGCUGAAGAGUGGCACCUGGAAUUUAAUAAGGAUGAAUGAGCUGAAGAGUGGCACCUGGAAUUUAAUAAGGAUAAAUGAGCUGAAGAGUGGCACCUGGAAUUUAACAAGGAUGAAUGAGCUGAAGAGUGGCACCUGGAAUUUAACAAGGAUGAAUGAGCUGAAGAGUGGCACCUGGAAUUUAACAAGGAUACAUGAGCUGAAGAGUGACACCUGGAAUUUAAUAUGGAUAAAUGAGCUGAAGAGUGGCACCUGGAAUUUAACAAGGAUAAAUGCGCUGAAGAGUGGCACCUGGAAUUUAAUAAGGAUAAAUGAGCUGAAGAGUGGCACCUGGAAUUUAACAAGGAUACAUGAGCUGAAGAGUGACACCUGGAAUUUAACAAGGAUACAUGAGCUGAAGAGUGGCACCUGGAAUUUAACAAGGAUACAUGAGCUGAAGAGUGGCACCUGGAAUUUAACAAGGAUACAUGAGCUGAAGAGUGGCACCUGGAAUUUAACAAGGAUACAUGAGCUGAAGAGUGGCACCUGGAAUUUAACAAGGAUAAAUGCGCUGAAGAGUGGCACCUGGAAUUUAACAAGGAUACAUGAGCUGAAGAGUGGCACCUGGAAUUUAACAAGGAUACAUGAGCUGAAGAGUGGCACCUGGAAUUUAACAAGGAUACAUGAGCUGAAGAGUGGCACCUGGAAUUUAACAAGGAUACAUGAGCUGAAGAGUGGCACCUGGAAUUUAACAAGGAUAAAUGCGCUGAAGAGUGGCACCUGGAAUUUAACAAGGAUAAAUGCUCGGUGUUGCGCUUUGGAUAAAAUAAAGACAGCUCCCACAGUGGGAUUCAAACUCAAUCCUCGAAUCGUUCAUUUUCCCCACUAUGCUCUUUGCCCCUUAAUCUCGAGUUAAUCCCUCAUUUGGUGACUUGAUCACCCUGCACAUUCAGAGCGUGGAAGUAAUUGGUGCUGUGAAUAAAGUGGUGUGUCUGCUGUGAGGUCGGGAGAAGUCCUGAUAUUUCCCCCUCUGUUUUCACAGAGCAAACAUGAAUAUUUGGGUACUGCCCUGUGCUACCCGAG